AUGAAAGUUCCGGCAAAUGCGAACCCCGUGGAUGGAGUGUUAUCUUUUGAUGCCAUUGUUGACCGUGAAAUCAAUCUUCUUACACGAAUCUAUCAUCCUGCUAAGGGAGAAGAAUGUCUGGUGAACAUUCUUGAGCUUAAGAAGCCCGUGAGCUUUGAGGUGGUUCCUGUCAUCAUAUUCUUCCAGGGUGGAAGUUUUGCUCAUUCUUCAUCCAAUAGUGCCAUAUAUGAUACGUUGUGUCGUCGACUCUCGGGUGGGAACAUUGUGCACCAUGUUGCCCUUAAAGCUGUGGAGUUCGGAAUUGAAGUGUUUGGGAAUAUACUGCUCACCCCAUUAUUUGGUGUGCAAGAAAGAACUAAGUACCUUGCUGGGGGAGUGCAGUUGAGUUAUGCCAAAGGCCUUCAGAAGGCUGGCCAAGUGAAAUUGCUAUUCCUGUAG